AUGGGGAGCGGCCAGCUCCAUUAUUCUGUGCCUGAAGAAUCCCAGCAUGGCACCUUUGUGGGUCGCAUUACCCAAGAUCUGGGGCUGGAUGUAGGAGAGCUGGUGCCUCGGCUGUUCCGGAUGGUUUCCAAAGACCAUGAGGAUUAUUUAGAGGUAAAUGUGCAAAAUGGGAUCUUGUUUGUUAGUUCCCGGAUAGACAGGGAGGUGCUGUGUGCCCAGAGCCCAGUAUGCACUAUUUACCAGGAGGUGAUCCUAGAUAAACCCCUGAGGGUCUUUCAUGUGGAAGUUGAGAUCAGGGAUGUAAAUGACAAUGCUCCUGUUUUCUCGGAGAGUGAGGAGAUGUUGAGCAUCGCAGAGUUAACGGUGCCAGGUGCUUAUUUCCCUCUAGAGGGAGCCUCUGAUGCAGAUGUUGGUGCUAAUGCUCAGCUCAAGUACAAGCUCAAUUCCACAGAAUAUUUUGUUGUUGAAGAGAAAAUCAAUGACAGGCACAGCAAGUCAUUAGUGCUUGUGUUAAAGAAACCUCUGGACAGAGAGAAAAUCCCUAUGCAUCAUUUAGUGCUAACAGCUACUGAUGGGGGUCACCCAGAACUCACAGGCACGGUCCAUCUUGAGAUCACUGUGAUGGAUGCAAAUGAUAAUGCACCUAUAUUUAACCAAUCUGUUUAUAAGGUUCAGUUGUUAGAAAAUGUGGCAGAUGGAACAUUGGUUAUUCAUCUCAAUGCAACAGACUUAGAUGAGGGAAUGAAUAAAGAAAUCUACUACUACUUCAGUAAGCAUGUUUCUCCCAAUGUAAAAAAUACCUUUAGCAUAGAUUCAGAUACAGGUGAGAUUAGGGUAAAAGGAAAAAUGGAUUAUGAAGAUAUUAAUCUAUAUGACAUUGAAAUUGAGGUGAAAGACAAAGGAACCCCUCCUCUCUCAGGACACUGUAAUGUCAUCAUAGAAAUAAUGGAUAUAAAUGACAACAACCCAGAAGUGACAGUGACAUCCCUAUCAGUACCUGUGUCAGAGGAUUCCCCACUGGAGACAGUGGUGGCCCUAAUCAGUGUCUCAGACAGGGACUCUGGCACUAACGGACAGGUAAACUGCUCUCUGUGGCCUCCUGGGCUCCCCUUCAAGCUGGUGUCCACCUUCAAGAAUUACUACUCACUGGUGCUAAAUGAGCUCCUGGAUCGAGAACAGGUUGCAGAAUACAAACUGGUUGUAACAGCACAAGACCAAGGGACCCCGUCACUGUCAGCCACCAGCAGCCUAGUGGUGCCCAUUGGUGAUGUGAAUGACAAUGCGCCUGCUUUUUCUCAGCCUUCCUACACAGUCUUUGUGAAAGAGAACAACCCACCUGGCGCUCACAUCUUUACAGUGUCUGCCUCAGAUCCUGACAUGGCUGAGAACGCUCUGGUCACCUACUGGAUAGAUGAGAAGCUCUGGCCACUGUCAAGCUACAUCUCAGUGCACUCAGAAAGUGGGAAGGUCUAUGCUUUACAGCCCUUGAACUAUGAAGAACUGAAGAUGUUGGAGUUCAAAGUGAGUGCAAAGGAUGCUGGGCUGCUCUCCUUAUACAGCAGUGUGAUUGUGCAAGUGUUUGUGGUGGAUGAGAAUGACAAUGCCCCAACAGUAUCUGGGCCAGAGAACACUCCCAUCUUGCUGGUGGUCCCUUUGGCUGUUGGACAGACAGUAGGCAAGAUCCGUGCUGUGGAUGCUGACUCAGGCUACAAUGCAUGGCUGCGCUAUGAGCUGCAUGAGGCAACUAGUGAUGGUCCGUGGCGAGUGGGACUAUAUAGUGGGGAGAUCAGCACCACACGUGUCUUGGAUGAGACGGAGGGUGAUGCUGGCAGCCAGAGUCUGCUGGUGCUGGUGAAGGAUCAUGGCAAGCCAAUGCUUUCCACCACAGCCACAUUGAGUGUGUCACUGGUGGUCAGUGCCCAGGUUAUCCACACUGAUGGCUACCUUUCUAGAGCAGGAGGGAGCUCAAAGCCCCUGGAAGAGAACACAAAUGUCUACCUGAUCAUUGCCAUCUGCUCAGUAUCCAGCUUGUUCCUGCUGGCAGUCAUUGUCUAUGUGGCUCUUCGAUGCCAGUGCCAACCCAAAGAAGCAGUGAUGUAUGGUCCUGGCACAGCCACGCUGGUGUGUGCAAGUGAAGUGGGCAGCUGGUCAUAUUCAAAUCGCCACAGCCACAUCCUGGCAGGCACAACUGCGGAGGUCAGUGCCAAGAACGACCUCAUGGUUUUCAGCCCCAACAUCCCUGCCUUUGUGGAGAAUGGAGACGUCAGGAAUGGGAAGGAAAUGGCUCCAAAUUCAUCUGGGCAGAUUCACAAUAGGGAUAUCAGACACCAGAUGCAACCUACUGGGAUCUAUUCAAAUGAUUAUACCAACGCCAAUUCAGAUGAGCUCCUUGGACCCUGAUCUUCACUACUUCAAAAAAAGAGACCUUUAAAAAAGAGAAAACACUGGUGGGCUUUAUGUCUGUGCUUGCAAUGGUUGCUUGGCAGAAUAUUUCUGUGGGAAAGCAGCUAUUGCAGCUGAUUCUUCUCCACACAGCCUGGUUGAUGGGGAGC